AUGCGUAACGUCGCUGCAGCUGCUCUCCUCGCUGCCGCCAAUAUGGUGAGCGCUCAGGAUAAGGUCGGGUUUGGACCAGCAUUCUCCCUCGGUCCCACUCAGUCUUGGAUCCGUGAGGCGACUACGACUCUCGUUCUUCCUCCCGUGCCUAGUCCCCAAAAGGAUCGUCUUGCUCUUUGGCCCGGCAUGGGUACCAGCGGCGGUGACCUUAUCCAGGCUCUUGCUGUCUCCUUCAGCGAUCCCAAGGCGAACUGCGGUGCUAGCGUCGGUCAGUGGUGCACUUGGGCCAGCACUCUUCAAGGAGAGCAGCUCGGAGGCACGCAAGUUCCUGCUUCUGCCGGUGACAAGCUCACCAUGCACUACAAAUACAACGACAGCACCGGCAAGUAUGAUCAGACCGUCUCUCUCAACGGCAAGGUAGUGUCGACUCUUUCAACGAGCUCUGGAAACGCCGAGGGCUGGGGUACUGCUGUUGAAUGCCAAGACGAUGCUUGUGUCGGUACGGUUGUUGCUCACAAGUACACAGGUACGACCAUCAUACUCAACGCCGCCGAUAAUACCUUCGGCAAGACCCUCGGUCUCAACGAGGCCGACUCGUCUGGGCUUACCACUUCCGACAACGGCAAGACCUGGAAGGUUGAUACUAUCAACAUCCACACACAUACCUUCAACAACUAG